UAGACAGGCAGGAGGAGGAGGAGGAAGAAGAAGAGGAGGAGGAGCGCCGGCACCGGCACCGGCACCGGGCGAGAUUGCAACGCGUCCGCCCGCCUCGGGGAGUCGCAGUAGAGGAACGGAGCGAACAGGCGGCGGGCGCCCCCUGCAGCCGGGACAGGCAGUUUGACAUGUUUCAAAUUCCUGUGCAAAAUCUUGACAAUAUAAGACGAUCUCGGAAGAAAGUGAAGGGUAUUCUUGUGGAUAUUGGACUUGACAGCUGUCAAGAGUUACUUCAGACUCUGAAAAGUUUUGAUCCAGGGGAAAAAUAUUUCUCUAGUACUUCAUGGAAUGAUGUAUCUCAUUGGGACAAUGUUACUAAAAGAAAGAGAUACAGAACAAAUCCAUAUUGUUGCAGCUUGUGCAAAUUUUCAUCAAAAUUUCUUAAUUCUUUCAAAAAUCACCUGACUCGCUACCAUGAAGAUGAAAUGGAUCAAGAGUUAGUUAUUCCUUGUCCAGAAUGUUCAUUUGCUUCUCAUUCUAAGACAGUAGGAAAACACCUCCGAAUGUUUCACUCCAAGAAGAAAAUACAAAACUAUAAUGUGAGUGGUGGUAUGAGACAAUUCCGGAACGAUGCAGUAAACUUUGUAUGCCAGAAAUGUCAAUUUUCUGACAUGCUGUACUACAAUACAAAGAAACAUGUGUUGGUAAGCCAUUUUCAAAAUCUAAUAAGUACAUAUUUUGAGGAGAGGCCUGAUGAGAGCGAAGAGAAUUUUACUGACCACUACUGUAAAAAGUGUAAUGCUUUUGCAAAUAGCCGGGAUUCUUUAAUAUAUCAUGUCUUAACAUCUGAAGUACAUAAAGAUCUGGAGAACAUAUUGGGACGUGUAAUUUCAGUUCAGCCUAAAAAAACAGGACAAAUGAAGUCACUGCAGAUUAUCAAUAUUGCUCCAAAGCCAUCUACAAUCAAUACUGUUUCACAACUGAAUCCUACCUCUGUAGGAUCAAAUUCUACAUCAUGUUUUCAGCUUCCACUUCCAUCAGUUAAUCAGAAUCAAAAUACGGUAUCGACAAAACCAGUUCAUAACGUGGUUGCACCUUUGACUGUUUCAAGUAGCGCCAAUAGUAUGACAGCUUCAACUUCUGUUGACCGGUUACAUAUUGCCCUUCUUUCGGGUUCUCGCCCAGCAAAUCAGAAUACUGUUAGUCUUCAGCCUGCAGUUUCUCAGCCAGUCUUUGUUUCUCAUCGUUUCCCCUUAAAACAGCCAGUAAGACCCAGAGUUUUUUGCCUAAAUCAACCCACAGGAAACAUAAACAGAGCUGUUCCUCCAGGAGUAAUUUCUUUCACUCGACCUAUCAGGCCUACUCUGCUUCCUGUAGGUAAUCAAUCAGUCAGAACUAUCAGCAAUCCAAUUAUGCCAGGGCCUGGUGCUAUUCCAGUUAACAGACCUUCAUCACCUGGGAUCCUUGCUGUAAAUCGGCCUAUUGGCAGUGGGCCUGGAGUUCUUCCAGUUCCCCAAACAAUUACAUCGGGAGUUCUUCAGUUUAACCAUCCAGUCACACCAGGGGUUCUUCCUGUAAACCCAUCGGCCGGACCUGGGAUUGUACAGUUUAAUCAGCCAGAAGUUCUUCCAGUAAAUCAGUCUGUUAGACCUGGAGUGUCUCAGAAUGCUACUUUACUUACCACUGGACCUAUGCUCAGACAGUUAAUUCCAACUGGCAAACAAGUUAAUGGAAUACCUACAUACACCCUUGCACCAGUUUCAAUGACUUUGCCUGGGCCACCAGGUGGUGGCAUGGCAACUGUUCCACCGCCUCAGGUGCCUGUUCAGUUGAUGCCAUCUGGCCCAGUUGCCCAGCUGUCUCAGGGACCUGCUACUGUGCCAUCUCCUGUUGCAGUAAGUUCUUCUACAAAUACUCCUACCAAGACUUCUCCAACCAGUACUGCAAUGAAUCUAGUUCUUAAGCAGGCUAAGCAAUGGAAGACGUGCCCCGUUUGUAGCGAGCUUUUCCCAUCAAAUGUCUAUCAAGUGCACAUGCAGGUGGCCCACAAAUGUAGCACAUCUAAGAGGGAGACGACUUGUGAAAUAGACAAAGUUGCAGUCUGUGCACCUUUUCUGAGGUGGCUAAAAGAUAAGACGGUGAGAUGUUUUUCUUGUAAAUGCUUUCUAACUCAGUCAGAGCUUUUAAAACAUAUUUUUGUCCAUGGGUUAACUUGCCUCUUCUGCACCAAUAUUUUCUAUGAUUUAAAAGGCCUUGUGACUCACACACAAACUGCACAUAAUGGAAAGAAGGAAUUGCACUCAAAUUACGAUGAUAAAGGCUUUCAGCUUGCGAGUGAUUCUGAAGGUCAGUUAGUAUUCCCUCAUUUUGACUUCAGUAUAACUUCAAAAGAACUUGGUGAAAGAGAAGUGCAUCUUGUUGUACUUGCUGGUGUAAAUUCAAGGACACUUAUUCCUUUGUAUAUCAAACUACAUCAAGAGGAUGCCGAAACGAGCAGAGAGAACAAGAACGUUUCUACUUGCCCUUUUUGUUAUGGUGUUUUCACUAGCAGAGAUGCUUAUGAAAUGCACUUGAAAGAGCGGCACCACAUCAUGCCAACUGUGCACACCAUUUUGAAGACUCCUGCUUUUAAAUGUAUCCACUGCUGCGGAGUAUACACUGGCAACAUGACUCUAACAGCUAUAGCUGUGCAUUUGCUUCGAUGCCGCAGUGCUCCUAGAGAGACCUCGCCAGAUAUGAAGAUGCAGGUUGACCUUGAUGUGAAGCAGGAUCUACCACUUAUGAAUGGGGAGAACCAUGAGGAUGAUCCUCUUUCAGCCAAGAGGAAACAGUCUGAUCAUCUUUAUGCUGCUUCUGUUUCAGAAGACCAAAGCGAUGAGGAUCCGCCAUUCUUCAUUAUAAAUAAUGGUACAGCCCAAGUUCCAGCAAAGGAGGUGAAUUGUGUGCCUUCAAAACGACAAAAGUCUGAUCAUAAAACUGAAACCAAGGGAGAGACUUCAGCUGAAGAUCUUCAUCUGUUGGUGUUGAAUCCGAAGCCAUUCCAACAAAGCUCAAAUGAAGUCCAAAAAAGGUUUCUUGCAGAUUAUUUUCACAAGAAGCCAUAUCCCAGUAAAAAAGAACUACAAUUGCUGUCGUCCAUGCUACGUGCAUGGAAAGUGGAUGUUGCAUCAUUUUUUGGGAGAAAGAGAUACUUCUGCCUAAAGGCAAUAAAAAACCUCAAGCCAUCCGUGCUUUUGGGCUUUAAUAUGUCAGAACUUAAAAAUGUAAAGCACAGUUUGAAUUUAAAUUGUGAACUGGAAGAUGUAUAAUUUUUUUUUAAAAAAGUAGUCCUGAUAUCAGGCAACCAAGACUGCAUAUUACACCAGAAACUAUUCCACUUACUUAGUUUUUUUGUAAUAUUAAAAUAUUACUGUUCUCUGGCUACAUUUGCAUACAGUAGUAAAUUAGAAUUACAAAAAAAAAAAGAUUUAUCAUUCACAAGCAUUUUUACUUUGCCCAUACCAGUCCUUAGUUCUGGUCCAUCACUAACACUGACUAUAAUAAGAAAUCAGCAAGAAGAAAAGGCUUAAUGCCAAAUUAAGAUUCAAAUUUAGACCUGCCUUUUGGCUCCCAAAUGAGCUGACUUGGAUGUGUACUUUGAAUUCUGGCUCAUUAGAUGUACAACAGUUGUGAAUCCUAGGUUUCUCCAUUUAGGUAAACACAGGUUACUGUAGUUCUGACUGGUGGAUGUGGUACCAAGGUUGAGUUGCAGUGCAAUGUGCUGCUUCUGAAUGAUAAACUAGAUUUUUUUUUAGAAUCAUAGCUCACUCUUUUGUGUGAACACAAUCAGUGCCGUGGGGUGUAUUUCAGAAUACCUGAAGUUCUAGUUCCUUUUGUUCUGUUUUGUUCCUUUGCUUAUGAUGUAGUUUUGUCCAUGGGAUUUUAUACAAUUGUGUAACAAAUUUCUAGAUUUUUUUUUUAAAAACAAUUGUUUCUAAAAAAAAUAAAAUGUAUAGUUUUGGUAACAUAUCAAAAUUGGUUAGAUGAUUAUAACAGCGUAAAAGAACCAUCCCCUCCAUUUAAAAUUAAGAUGCUUGGCUUUUAAUAUGACCUUAUCACAUUUAAAAAUGUUCAAACCUGACAGUGUAUAGGCAGUACCAGAUGCAAAAAUACUGUUAUUAAAACACUUGUUCCUGUAGGUACAAUGGUACUUCAUGGGAUAAUUUCAAAUGCUGUUUCUGAAUUUUUCCUUAGUAAAAAAUUCUAGAUCUUUAUAGAUGUGCCAUUGUUUUUCUGUAGCCUUGGUUUCCAAGUAUUGAUAAUGCAUCUUGGAUUAAAUAAAGUUAGGAGCUACCUGUUUAAUUAAGAUGUAUUUGUUUUCAUCAUAUAUCCCAAAUAUGCUACUAUAAUUUUUAAUUAUGCCAUUCUUGUUAGAGAAUUCUGUGAGGCGAAGCUCAUAUAUUUGGAAGAUGUCCAGGUUGAAAAAAUUGAUGUAGUCUAAAAUGGUUAUCUAGAGCUAACUUUACUUAAUGCUGUAACUUGAUGCGAGCAUUCUAAUUCGCAUUUUGUUCCAGAAAAGUAUAGGUAUUGCAUUCAUGACUAUUACUGUAAUCCCUUUGCUGACAAAUAGUCAAGAGCAAUAUUGGAAAUAAGUUCUUGACACUUCGCUAUCUUGCUGUGAAGAUUGUCUUGGAAUAUGGGAUUAAAGGCAAUUCUUCAGCAAUCAAGUGUGGGAAUAUGUUGCAUUGUGACUGAUACACAAAUUCUUGGGUUAUGAUAAUGGCAGAAUGUGAAAGAAUGCUUGCCAUUUAUAAGAUUAGGAUCAUUUUUCUUCAAAAUGCAGAGUGAAAAUCUCUGUCAUGUCAAUGAUUUGAUACUGCGAAUAGGCAAUAGUUUUGUCUAAAGUUAUUCAAGGGAUAAGCCUGCUAGACAUUUUAAAACAAAAGUAAGGCUAAAGCUGUGGCAGUUUUAUUACCACUAUUUAAAAUAUGUUGGGGCAUUGGAUGAUUGAAGAGUUUCCUGAUCCAGAAGGUUAGUCUUUAGUCCCUAGAAGAUAACUAGCUAUUAAUUUGCACAGCAUAGCUUAUUAUUGCCCUAUCAGAGAACAUUUUGUGUGCAGACUUUACAGUGCAUUUUAGUUAUUAAACUAAAUAAAUUAAACUAAACUUAUGGGAAGACUUGUUUUGAUGAAACUAAAUGUAAAUAAUCGCAAUUUAAGCACUUACAUUGCAGGCUGUUAGAUUUCUACAAAUGACAGAAUUGUAAGAAGGUUUACUGGUUUGGUUUCUGUUCUUUCAAAAAGCCUCAUUUUCUAAGAGUUCUAUCAAGGCAGAGAUAUUUAAAUAGAAUUUAAUAUCGCUGGAAACAUAGAAACUGAAAGGUCACACCCUGUACUAGCACUGAUAAUUAUGUAGCAGGAAUGAAGGACUUGGAAGACCUGGCCACUGAAAGCAUUCCUGGCUCUCACUUCAUCUUUCAGGAUUAUUGAGAUAAAUAUUAGAUUCUGAAGUGAAGAAUAACAUUGACUAAACCCACGUACAAAAUAAAAGGACUGCAACCAAUUAAAGAUAUGAUAGACUCCAAGAUUAAACUGAGGGGAGUUUAAACUGCUAUUUGGUCAAAAUUCAUACAGUAUAGUCUUAUUUUUAGAAAAGGAGAAUAAAUACACUUACUGGAUGUCAUUUCUGUUGUUAUUUUAAAACUACUGUAUAACUUUUGAUUUCUUGCCAACAUUGGAAAUUGAGUUGUUACAAUAGUAGUGCUUUUGCUUAAGAGUUUCCUCAAUUUCAUUUUAAUUAUUUGUAUCCUGUAUUAUUUUUACAAGUAAUAAUCAAGGUGGCAAAUAUAUCACUCCUUCUUCCCCCUAUUUUCCUCACAUCAACAAUCCUGUGAAUUGGGCUGAGAGUGACUGGCCCAAGGUCACUCAUCUGGCUUUCAUGGCAAAGGCGGGAUAAGAAGUCAUGGUCUCUAGCAAGAUAACUUAAUCAUCACAGGGUUCAUUUCUUUGCAAGUACUCAAGAUUAUGGAGGAGCAAAAUUAAUACAAUGUUUUAUCUGUGAAUCCAAACAUAGCUUUUGCAUCUGUGCUAUAUUGCAGUAAUUUAGUAUCUACUGCUUCAAUGUUAGCUAAUUGGUGGGAGCCCAACCUAGCCAGCAGCAAGUUAUAUGGACUGAUAGUUUUGCUCUAUACGUGUUUCUCAUUACAGUGUUAGGAUCUUGUUCCUUUUCAAUGUUUUAAUGAAACAAGUCUGCAUUAAUGGCCUUAAAGCACUCCCUUUGGGAAGUGUUGAAUAAUGGUACAAAAAGGGCUGUUUUCUGAGUUUGAACUAGCUAUUUCAUAACAUAAGAUGGUUGUUUCAAGCUCAACACCUCUGGAAUGGUUGGAGCAUACCAUUUAAAAGUAGAAACAUUUGUCCCCGCAACACUGAAUUUGUGGCAGUAAACCACUUCAAUAGGCAUGAAUUAUGCUUUGCAAUGGCAAGGGACGCAUGGCGUAGACUUACUCAUACUUCUAGGCUGUGCAUAACAGGGUCAUCAUACUUCUCACUUUUGCCCACUAUUUUCUGAUCACAACUUCAAACUGUAUGUGCUGGUUUUUAAACCAAAGUAACAAAAUGAAUUGCUUGUCAGUGGUUUUGAUCCAGAGUAGUGGGUAUUAGCCUCUGGGAUGUUGUAAGUUCAGUUGGGGUAGCCAUGUGAGACUCAAAUAUUCUUCUGGUACUUUAUUCUUCAACUUAACACACAAAGAAUGGACAAUUGUCAAGAUUUUCCCUGCUUGUGUACCAACACUACUUUUACGUUGCACAUCUAGAAUAUGAAAAAUUAUUCUGUAAUAAUACUGCUUAUAUGUUUUCUGGUGAAAUAUUGGGCUUGUUCCCAUUCUCACUUUUAAUCUGUAUCUUGUAUUUUAAAACAUAAUGAAAUUUCAGUGUUCUGCAGUUUGAUAACAUUUACUUUAAAAAAAAUCUGGUGGAAGUUUUGAAACAUGUUAUAUUUAUUUCCACUACAUUUUAUAAUCCCUGCUUUGAGAUCAUCUCUGGUGUUACCUUUCCUUUUGCUGAGGCUCUUUAAGCUUUUAGCAGUCUAUAUACACCUUAUCCUGGAAAAUCACAUUUCUGAGUUAUACUGGUUUGGUGCAUGUCUGAGCUCUGCAUGCUUCUUUUUAACUUUACAAAUUUUCACGGUGACAGAGUGGUCCUCUAAUUGGCUGCUUCAUUUUUGAAUAGUCAAGAAUUAUCAAAACAAAAAAGGGGAACUUCCCAUGUUGCAGGAUAUUUUCAUUUAUUGUUUGUGUCAAGUGAUAAUCCUCUCAUUCAUUGAUAUUUUCACUCCAUUAGAAUAGACAUUUCAUGUCUUUGGCAUCAUAUCCUUAAACCAGGUUACACAAUAUCCUUGUUCAAUUCACAUUCCAGACCUUGGCCAGGAUUACUAGCACCUUUCUAUUUACUGAUGUUGUCUUUGGCAUUCAUCUCGUGUCAUAUACCUUACUAGUAAUUCACAGAGGAAUCCAGAGGCCAGGCUGAAAAAUUAUAAUUGUUUUUUGAGUGGUCAUCAGUAAAAUCACAUGAUCCACUUUUCUUCCCUACAUUUAGUUUACUGAUUUAGGAGAGGUUGAAUAGUUUCUGAUGUAUGUACCGACAUUACUACUUUACCAUAUACCAUAUCAGGUGCAAUGAGCAGUUACUUCCAUGUAAAAGGCUAUAUGGUCAGGUCUGAAAAUGAAAUGCUUCAACUUGUACUUAUACCAGGUCUGAUGGAUGUAUUUCCCUUGAAGUAAAACUUUAAAAGGCUUAAAUGGUUUAUAUUGUUACCCUUAGUAAGUGUAAAUUCCUAAAAACUAGAAUUUUGAUUCAGUUGUUCACAAUCAUGUUGAUUUGGUAAUGAAAAAGACAAAUGAAAAAAUACAUACCUUCCUAAUCAAUUUAGCCCUACUUUCUCUUUGUUGAACUAGCAUUUUCCCACUUGUCAAUAAUUCCAAGAAAUACAUAUAGGUAAUGAAACAUCUGCAAGCAAAUAAUCAAGCUCAGAGAGUGCCAAGAACUCCUUUUCAGUGAGGUAUGCAGCCCAGAAUUAAUGGGAGCUGAAAUCCAAAAUGUUUGAACAAUGCAAAUUUGUCUCCCAUAAUUUAAGACUAGACAUGAUUGGCUGAUAAUAUGAUGGAGGUACAAGCAGAAAAAGGUGAUUCCUCAAAUUAUAUUCUAUAAAGCUUUCACAUGUUCCUUUAAUAAAGCUAUCCCUAUCGUAAAUCAGGUUACUUGCUUAGUAUAUACUACUAAGCUCCAUUUCAUUUUUACAUCAACAGUUUGUGCACCAUGGUUAAGCAAACUUCAGAAUAAAGGUUAGAAUAGUUCUUCAAAAAUGUCAUAUUCUCCGUUAAAAAUAAAAAUAUAGAAAUCAAGACCCUGUUCACUGUAGCUUUCUGUGACAAAAACUCAUAAAAGACUCCCUUGCCCACCCACAGGUCCCAUUAAUUCAUAGUGUAUAGUUGUGGCGGGAACUUGGCUAUUAAUACUUUUCCCCCCUGCCAUCUUAACAUUGUAAAAAAAGCCAACCAUCUUGACAGUUUCUCAAAUGCAUUUAGAAUCUUAAGAUGGCUUUGUAGUUAAGAUAUGGACAACAUGCUUUAAAAUGGCAUUUUAAUCUAAAAAAUUAAAAGCUUAAUUACAAGUUAACAAGUGCUUUGCUGAUCAAACAUUUCACAUUUUAUAUAAAAGGAUAUUCAUGAAAAACUUUAUGAAAUAGUUGCUUCUGCAACUUAGCAAGCUACAUAUUGCUGUUUUUCUUUAAUAUAUAGCACUUCAAAGAACAAAGUUCCUUUUACUAUGCUCUAGUCAGCCAGUGGAUUUCUUCUUGCUGUGUUGAACAGAAUCAAGAUCAUUACCAACAAUACGUAUUUUGCUCCUUACUGCACUUCUAAGUACUAUUUCAAAAAUAUGCCUGUGGAACAGAGAUUAACAGCAGGAAACACAGUAUACUUUAUUUUUCCCACUUACGUCUCUACAUAAUAAACUUUGUUAAUCUUCAAAA